GCCUCAGCCCAGAAUGCAAAAGGGGGACAUUCUUAUUGACUGUGGCCAGGCAAGCGUGUCUAUUCACUUCCUCUUUUUAAAAAAAACGGCGUCGGGGAAGGAGAGGGACCAAGUAAGUAGGAGGGGGGCACUUGGCAGCCGCCCUCCGGUAGGGUUUCACGAGGCUCCACCCACAGAUUCUGUUUUCUUUGCAGAUGUCACUGGAGCACCCGGAGGGGGCUUAAGUGCGCUGUGCUCAUAAAACUGCGGCUGGAAACUCGCGGUAGUCCUAACCCGGCCAAGGAGAAGCGAGCGCUGCUUUGGAAUAAGGGACUGUGAUCAACUUUCCUUCUAAAGCAAGCUGGGAACCUUCUCCCUUUGCUUCAUGGAAACUAAGCUGAAUCUUUCGCCAAAUGCCUAUAAAUUAGGUGAAAUGGGGCUCUCGCCCCUGAUUUGACUUCAGCGGCGUCUCUCUCUCCCAGCCGGUUCUUGCCUCUGCAGUUGAUUGGCUCUGGAGUGUGGCCAGAGCUCUACCUCUCGCAAUAAAGAAGUCCAGGGUAACUGGUUGGUGUCUCUCUCCUGAGUGAUGGCUCUCACCAUCUUUAUCGUCAGGCUCCUCGUCUACAUCCUGGCAUCUCCCAUGUUCCUGCUGAACUUUCUGGGCUUGUGGAGCCGGCUAUGCAAACAAUGGUUCCCCCACUUCAUGCAGAGGUUCACCGUGAUAUACAAUGAGCAGAUGGCAGGCAAGAAGCACGAGCUCUUCGGCAACCUGCAGGAUUUUGUGGGCCCCUCCGGGACGCUCUCCCUGCUGGAGGUAGGCUGCGGCACCGGGGCCAACUUCAAGUUCUACCCGCCGGGAUGNAACUUCAAGUUCUACCCGCCAGGAUUCAGGGUGACUUGUAUUGACCCCAACCCAUUUGAGAAGUUCUUGAUCAAGAGCGUUGCGGAGAACCGACACCUGCAGUUCGAGCGCUUCGUGGUGGCUGCGGGAGAGAACAUGUCGCAGGUGGCAGAUGGCUCCGUGGACGUGGUGGUCUGCACCCUGGUGCUGUGCUCCGUGAAGAGCCAGGAGCAGAUGCUCCAGGAGGUGCGCAGAGUGCUGAGGCCGGGAGGGGCUUUCUAUUUCCUGGAGCAUGUCGUAGCUAAGAGCUCAAGUUGGAACUACUUCUGGCAGCAAAUCCUGCAUCCUUGCUGGUACAUGCUGUUUGACGGGUGCCACCUGACCAGAGAGAGCUGGAAGGCGCUGGAGCGCGCGCGCUUCUCCGAGCUCAAGCUGCAGCACUUCCAGGCUCCGCUGUCCUGGGAGCUGGUGCGCCCCCACGUCUGUGGGUAUGCUGUGAAGUAACCGGAGUGGGGAGCAGAGAGCCAACGGCUCAUAGCUUCAGGCUACACUUUUACACUUAAAAUACUAAUUGAAACAAAGGAAGUCUUUUUUUUUUUUUUUAAGGUAAAGUUGCAUUUCAUCCCUAAGAAUUUAUGUUAUAACCUCUUUGGCCAUUUUCUGUCAUCUCCCAGAGGGUCAAGACCAAACCAAAGCAACACAGGACUCUCCCUUAAAAGGAAACGCUGGGCUUCAUAAUUGAAGUUUACCAUUAUCCCCAAACUUUAGUUUAUGUGAUAACUUCCAAAUCCUUCCCAUUGUCUUAUUUCAAUUGCUACCUGGCAGAUGUUCCUUUCACCCCUUCUUCGAGAGCUUGGUGUUAAGAACCAGUGAAAUCACCCAAAAGAGGACUUGAAAAGGGAGAAGUGACAAGAUCUUAAUACUUCACAAACUGAACCAAGAAAUACUAACUCGUUGAAAACCCAAAUCGAAAUAGCCCAGGUCUUUUUGAAAGAGAAAUCUGAAUCUAUUUGUCGUUCUUAGUAUCAGGGGGCUGGUUUUCUAAAUUAAGCCACACCAGCUCUGCCCAGCGUUGUUGUUUUUACUCCCGGAUUCCACUGACGUUUGUUUCCCUGCAUCCCAGUCUCAAGUUCUUAAGAUGACGAUCGAUGGUACUCGACACAUUAGUAUAUCCAGAAAAACAGCUGAGGCGCUUCGGUUCCUUGAGUACAUUUUCCUUAUGAUAGUAGCACAUACUUUGCUGCAUGUCUUAAACUGUAGGUAAGGAAAAGGCCCACUGUAACGAGGAAAACUUGUGUAAUUAGGUACGCUUUGUAAGGGACCCUAAAACCUAGGCACUCUGCGACACAUAGACGCGUAUGGGGCGCCUGGGUGGCUCAAUCAUUAAGCGUCUGUCUGCCUUCGGCUCAGGGCGUGAUCCCGGCGUUCUGAGAUCGAGCCCCUCAUCAGGCUCCUCUGCUAUGAGCCUGCUUCUUCCUCUCCCACUCCCCCUGCUUGUGUUCCCUCUCUCGCUGGCUGUCUCUAUCUCUGUCAAAUGAAUAAAUAUAAUCUUUAAAAAAAAAAAAGAAAAAGAAAAAGAAGUAGACACAUAGUUGGGGGAUUAUUCUGACCAAAUUUCCACUCCUGUCCCAAGAUGAUUUCUUGGUUCCUUGCCGCCAUGGAAACCUCUGAAAAUCAUAAGUGCUUUGAAAACAAGUGUUGGGUUGGUCAGUCAGAGGGAUUAAGAAUAGCAUUUUCGGCAAUAGUUUGUGUGUAUUUUAAUAGAUUUAGCAUAUUUUCUGUAAAGUAUAAUGACUCUACAAAUAUGAAAUCAAUCAAUCAAUUCACAUAGAUUUUAAAAAUGGAAAUAAAUGGUUUAAAUCUUU